AUGGUCGUGGCCGGAUCUCUGCUUCUACUUUUUGGAGUCCUCGGCUUCCUUUGCAUCUGUAUUUACGCUGUUUGCGUGGUACCCAAAUGGAGCAGCGGAGGAGAGCACGACAAAGUCAAGGCAUUUCGGUUUUUGCUUGGACGAUUUCGCUUGGACAGCUGGUGGUUCGGGGCGCUCUUGUUGGCAAGGGGUCCAUUGAUGUCUCUUCCCAUUGCAAUGGCAACAGACUAUCCGCCAGUUCAGGUUGUUUCAGUUAUGCUGGUCUUCCUGAUCUUCUUGAUCAUCGAGGUGCGGUCUUGGCCAUGGAAGGUUCCCCUUCUCAACGUGCUGGACGGCUUCAUCGGUCUUUGCAUCAUACUGCUGGUGGAGUUGUGUGUCUUCAACUUGCAGACAUUGCCAUCGUCGGUUCUGGUGUCCAGCAGCUUGCUUACCACAGCUUCGCAGCUGGUGCAGAUGGAUGGAUUGGAACUGCAACAGGUCUUGAAUUCUCUAGCGAUCUAUGACAUCAAUUUGCUGUUAAACUCCAUGUCGCUUCUUGCCACAGAAGUCACUCCGUCAUCCGAGAGUGCCUUCCACUUCAAGCGUCGGAUCAGAUCCAGCUCUUUUGCUGUUCGAAGCACGCGUGUGGCUACACCGGUUUUCCCGGAAGACAAGGCGUCUAAGGCCGAGGAUGUGCCGGGCCGCUUGAUGCAGGCUCCGGUAAUGCAUGCGUAUGUUUGA